CAUCUGUUUGGAACAGCCACUGCGGAGAAACAGAGGGAAGCAAAGGGACUUGCACCUACUAGUCAUGGCUGAGCAGAGAAGCGUGUGGAGCUUGUGUGACAUGUUCAAGAGAGACUUCUUGAGAGGUGACAUGUGAUUAGUUAGUGCCUAGGUGGCUUGAUGGCUCUCGCUGACUGCAAACCAAAGCCAUCCUUCUACCAAAGCAAAAAACAGGCAGAGCACGGGCUGACUGCAGAAUGCUGUUUCCAAGGAAGUGAAUUGUGAAGAAGGGACUCAUGAAUUUCGAUCGCGGAGAAUUGGAGAGCAUCUCUGAUGUCUGCUCCAGUGAAGACCUUCCUGAGGUAGAGCUGGUGAGCAUGCUAGAAGAGCAGUUACCAGAGUACAAAUUACGAGUGGAUUCUCUGUACCUGUAUGAGAAUCAAGACUGGAUCCAGCCCCCUACGUGCCAUGGCCGUCUUCCUGAAACCGCUUCCUCGCUUCGUGAUGAGGAGACCUUCCGUUACAUGACUUUUAUCGAACUUCCUCCCUCUUCCUUGGCUGAAUCUCACAAAUUUGCACAAGUUCUUGGCACAGAUAAUGUGGAGCAAAUAGCGAAAAGCUACAGUGAUGCUGACAUGGUCAAACAUUUGCUAGCUGAGAGAGAUCGGGACCUGGAACUAGCAGCUCGAAUUGGACAAGCCCUUCUUAAGCGAAACCAUCUUCUGACAGAACAGAAUGAAGCACUAGAAGAACAGCUAGGACAAACUCUAGACCAAGUUAACCAGCUGCAGCACGAACUGUCCAAGAAGGAUGACCUGCUUCGUGUUGUUUCGAUUGCUUCUGAGGAGAGUGAAACAGAUUCCAGCUGUUCCACCCCACUUCGGUCCAAUGAAUCCUUCAAUGUAUCACACAGUCUCUUGCAGCUGGAUAUCCUGCAAGAUAAGCUCAGGGAAUUGGAAGAGGAGAACCUUGCUCUGCGAUCAAAGGCUUGCCAUCUGAAGACAGAAACCAUUACAUAUGAAGAGAAGGAGCAGCAGCUGGUUAACGACUGUGUUAAAGAGCUACGGCAAUCGAAUGCUCAGAUUUCCAGAAUAACAGAGGAGCUGUCAGAAAAGAGUGAAGAGGUGGUUCGCUACCAGGAAGAGAUCUCAUCCCUCUUGUCUCAGAUUGUUGAUCUCCAGCAUAAACUCAAAGAACAUGUGAUUGAAAAAGAGGAGCUGAAACUUCACCUACAAGCGUCCAAAGAUGCUCAGAGGCAACUGACAGCAGAGCUCCAUGAGCUGCAAGAUCGGAACAUGGAGUGUCUGGGGAUGUUGCAGGAGUCACAAGAAGAGGUGAAGUUGCUGCGCAGCAGAGCCAGCUCUGCGGCCGCUCUCUGCCGUCCCCAGGCACGUGGAGCAUUUCCUGGGGAUUCCCUCGCAGCAGAAAUUGAAGGGACAAUGCGGAAGGAAUUGUGUCAGGGGGAACAACCUGUUCCCUCUAACCAAAAGGUUCAACAGAAGCGAGUAUUUGACACUGUCAGGGUUGCUAAUAUCACUCGUGGUCGGUCGGCCUCUUUUCCUGCCCCGCUGCCGAUCCCCGGGUCCAACCGAUCCAGUGUUGUCAUGACGGCCAAGCCCUUCCAGUCCGGGCUGCAGCAGCCGGAGCGCCGCGGGCAGGCGACACAGAGGAGUAGCUCUGAGAAGAACCUGAGGGACACAGAAAAGGCGGAUCAGCCAGGAGACCCUGGAGACAGUGACUUAGCCACAGCGCUGCACAGGCUGUCCCUCCGUCGGCAGAACUACCUGAGCGAGAAGCAGUUCUUCGAGGAGGAGUGGGAGCGAAGGAUGCGUUUGCUGGCCGAGCAGAAGGAAGAGGCCAGUGGCUGCAGCACGCCGUCAGAAAGCUCCUGUUCCCUGGGUACCAGCUCCGAACUCACGGAUCUUUCUGCCAGCUCGAGUAACUUCCGGGUCCUCCUACCAGAAAAAUUGCAAAUUGUCAAGCCCAUUGAAGGAUCUCAGACCCUUUUUCACUGGCAGCAGCUCGCUCGACCAAACCUAGGCACCAUUCUGGACCCAAGACCAGGUGUCGUUACCAAAGGGUUUACUCCUCUGCCUGAUGACACCGUGUACCACAUCUCUGACUUGGAAGAGGAUGAUGAGGAGGGGGAAGGAGGUAUAACAUUUCAAGUGCAGCCUGCCUUCCUGGAGGAAAGGAAACAUGCAGUGAAAAAGCCAGUGGCAGGGAUUUUCCUGCCACCUAUUACUUCAGCAACUGUACCUCUCACUGCCUCAAAUCCAGGGAAGUGUCUGUCUUCCACAAAUUCCACAUUUACCUUCACUACCUGUAGGAUCCUUCACCCAUCCGAUGUCACCCAGGUUACUCCCAGCUCUGUGUGUGCUCCCUUUUCCCUUGGGAGCAGCACCGGCAGCGCAGCGGUGAGCACUCCAGCCAUGUCCUACCGGCUCAGUAUUGGAGAAUUCCUCACCAACAGAGGAGAUUCAACCACCACCUUGAGCAGCACCAGCAGUCUGGCCAAACUUCUGCAGGAACGAGGCAUCUCUGCCAAAGUUUAUGACAGCCCCAUCUUAGAGAAACUGCCGUUGCUGCCGCCCCCUCAAACUGUCCCCAUUCCUUCUACUCCACCAAAUUCUCCCUCGCAUUCGCCUUGUCCUUCCCCUCCACCAUUUGAGCCUCGAGCACAUCUCUCUGAAAACUUCCUGGCCUCACGACCAGUGGAGACUUUCUUGCAGGAAAUGUAUGGCCUGAAGCCCUCCCGCAACGCCCCGGACGUGGGCCAGCUGAAGAUGAACCUGGUGGACAGACUGAAGAGGCUGGGCAUUGCGCGGGUGGUCAAGCCCCCCGAGGCCCAGGACCAAAGGAAGAACCAAGGCAUGGAGGUUGGCCUGCAGAGACAGGCCUCAGCUGCAUUUUUAAAUGCAGGUGGCAACUUAAUGGCAGGACUGAGAAGAAACCAGAGCCUUCCAGUCAUGAUUGGGGCCCUGGGAGCUCCAGUUUGCACACAGUCAUCAAAAAUGGAUAUUCUAAAGGAAAACUGAUUGGUUUGAAAAACGACUGAUUUGUAGCGUGGUAAAUAAUAAAUGAGGGCUACGUAUUUAGCACAGACGUGGUUACAGAAGUGUUACAGAAGCGUUGGAGAAGGCAUGUGCAUGUUAAAAGAUGUGGGAGAGACACGUGUUGGGAUCAAAGAGAAAAGAACAGGGUUUGGGUUUGAGGAAAAAAGGGCUCUGUGGAACAUAAGAAAGAAGAAACCAAAGCUUAGUUUUGAGGCUCUUUCCAGGAUCUGUCUUAGUUUAAGAAGAAAUGAAAGACUGUAUUAGAUAUUCUCAAUAUUUUAGUCUUUUAAACUGUAUGUUAGAACUGUCUUGCAGUUGCUGUUCCAUUUUUCCACCCAGUGGUCAUAGUGUUUUACUAGCUGUGAGCAGUCAGACCUUGCCAUUUAAACACAGUACGAAAGUCCAGCCAGUCUGACUAGCAUCAUGGGUUCAAGUUCCUCUCCCUAGUAAACAAGCACAGAAAGCCAGAGUCUUUUGAUCCGUGUUAUUUUCCAGGUCAGAGACUGCACUGAUGCCCUUUUCUGAAUUCUCUCCGUUUUAGAAACAGGGGAGAGAACCUUUCUCUGCAAGGAAGGACUGCUUCUGUUUAUGAGAACGGAAAUUGGUGGUCAGGGUUUGUAUUUUGAAGGAGAGCAGUUGUGCUAGUGAAAUGUUAACAGAAGUUUCUUUCUUUCCAGAGGCUCUGAAGCACACAGGAAGGUGCGAUGAGUUAAGAAUUAACAAGCAGGAAAGUAUGUAGCAGCUACAAAAAAGAAAAAAGUUUUAUUUGCGCUGAGGUAACUUUCCAAAGUGUGCUGUGCAUCUGUUUUUUUUGUUUGUUUGUUUUUGUUUUUUAAUGAGGGUAGUUUUGCACAUACAAACAUCUCAGGCACAUGUCAGUGUUACAAAGGGAGAUAAAACAGAGGUGCUUGAUUCAGGGUCUGCUUUUUCUUGACCUAAGCAGAGGACAUUCACUUAAAGACAAGUGUGGGAAGUUCUGUGAUCAGAUGUUCUCUCUUGACAGGUAGACAGCUAGUGUUACAUUUCAUGCAUUUCAUUCAGAUAUUUCUAAUUUCAUACAGGAUUCUGUUUAAAAGAUUUCAUUAAGAAAAUCUUUGGGGAUUGUUUUAGAUCUAUGGUUAGAGCAAAAUGUAGCACUCGGCACUGUGAAACAACAAGGGAAAUGAAAGCUGGUGUUCCUUAUAACACUUUAAUGGAUUUAAAUCAGUUUUGUCUGUUUGGAAUCCUGUGUUUUGAUGAUGGAGAAUCAUUCUGAAUCUGCUUCUGAACAAAACUGAAGCAGGCUUUCUGCCUCAAAAACAUGGCCAACUCUGUUGGGAAAAUCCGAUUUUCCUGAGUGGCAAUUUGCAGAAUAUUACGACCACUUUGAUUUUUGGAUUUAGGAGGGGAAAAAUCAUCCCAUCCAAGGUUCUAUCCAUAAUUAAAUAAUCAACAGUAUAUCAUAAUUUGUCACUUAACUUACAGGAAAUAAUAAUAGGUUUGCCUGAAAUUCCUAAGAGGAUUAGACCUCCUAAGAGGGUCCGUGCUAAUGACGAGAAUAGAAGAAGGUUUUACUUUCCAUAUAUUUUUUCACUGUACUUUUCAGCAUUCUGAAGUAAUU